CCGCUCCACACCUCCACCACCGUCGUCGUGCUCCAUCACCCCCAUGAACUUCGCCGCAACCCCCUCGCCACCCUCCCCCUCCUCGCCCGCUGCCUUCGCCGCUGCCACACCCUGCCCGGCCGCCGCCUCCGCCUUGGUUCCCACCCUCUUCUCGACUCCCUCUACCACGGCCACCGCGGAGAUGCCCCCUCGGCCGUCUUCCUCUUCCCCGGGGGCAGGGACCUCGGCCUCCUCGCCGCCGAUGCGGCCGGCCCGCCCUCCGUCCUCGUCGUCUUCGACGGCACGUGGAGGCAGGCCAAGGAGAUGGUGGCGGCGAGCUUGCCGUUCCUGGAGCAGUUCGCCACGAAGGUCUCGUUGGGCUGCUGCGAACCCGGGGUGGAAGGGCCGAGCACGUUCGAGUCUGAGCUCGUGCUGAGGAAGGAGCCAUUCAAGGGUUGCGUGAGCACGAUGGAGGCGGUGGCGAGGGCGCUUAGGGUAAUGGAGCCCGACGGCAAGGGGGCGGCGGUCGAGGCCACGCUGCUGUCGCUGUUGAGGGCCAUGGUGGGCUUCCAGGCGUGCCAUAUGAAGCCGAUGAAGCCUCGCUCCAAGUUGAGGAAGAAGGAUAUGACAAUGGCGGCAGGUCCAAAGAAGGAGAAGGAGAAGGAGAACGAGAAAGAGAAUGCAAAUGGGUCUACAGAGGCUGCAGAGGAACGACAUUACAUGGAACCUAUUUGUUAGAAUUACUGAGAGAGAGAUACGAAAGACAAUAUAACUUAGGCUUCAGAGUCCGAUAUGCUAACAACCCGUUUGUUGGAAUUACCCUUAGAGAAAGAGACCAAUAAAGUGUACCCUGAUCAAUUUACACAAUGUUUCCAACAGUGUUUCUCUAUUACAUUAUCAAGGCAACUUGGAUAGCACACCUUUCUUCCA